UCCAGCAGCAUUGCACACAGGUUGAGUGCACACAUGUGCAGGAUAUUACACUUCUUUUUAUUUAUAAUUAUUAAUAAUAAGGCGCAUUUUGAUUGAUUUCUCGAACUAAAGGAGUUUAAAAAAGAACACUAUUUUUUGCAUUUUUAUAUUGCAUAUUGUCAACCCAGAAGCCUGUUUUGGAUGACCUUUCUUGCGAAAAAUUCCUGCCUUGUUUUAAAGCUUUUUUAUUUUCGACUUUUUGUGGCCUUAAAUAUAUUUGAACUGAAUUCCGAUAUGUGGACCUUUCUCGGCAUAGCAAGCUUUACAUACGUCUAUAAGAAAUAUGAUGCAUUGAUGAGCUCAGCGCACAUAGAGCUGAUAGUGGCCGCAGUGGUGUGCGUUUCCGUGGGUCUGCUCAUUACGUGUCUCGGAUUCCGUGGACAGUCGCUCAACGUGUCUCACUUAUUUCAGCUUCCCCUCCGACUCUUAACCACCUUCCCUCUGACAAAAAAACUUGUCUCUACAUCAAACACAAACGGCUCGGGACACACUUCUAAGAAGAAAGAUGUACAACAAAAGAGAUCGUCCGACACUCAGUGUGUUCAAACAGAGGACCCAGACGUCCUCAUAGUGGGUGCGGGUGUGCUGGGGGCGGCCAUGGCCACGGUUCUGGCCCGAGAUGGCCGGCGGGUCACGGUGGUGGAGAGGGACUUGCGAGAGCCGGAUCGGAUAGUUGGGGAACUUCUGCAGCCCGGAGGAUACAUAGCACUUAAAGAUCUCGGGCUGGAGGGUGCGGUCGAGGGCCUGGACGCCCAUGUGGUGAAUGGUUAUGUAAUUCAUGACCUAGAGAGCAGGUCAGAAGUGGAGAUCCCAUAUCCCCAGGAUGAGAACAGCAUUCAAUGUGGACGUGCCUUCCACCACGGGCGCUUCAUCAUGGGACUGCGCCAGGCUGCCCUCGCUGAGCCCAAUGUGAUGUUUGUAGAAGGAACAGUGACCAGCCUGAUAGAAGAAGUUGGUUGUGUGACAGGAAUUCAGUAUAGGGGAAAAGAUGUGGGAAUCCCCAAGGAGAUGUAUGCUCCUCUGACCAUAGUGGCUGACGGCUGCUUCUCCAAGUUCCGUAAAAACCUGAUCUCUGGGAAAGCAAAAGUGUCGUCUCAUUUUGUUGGUUGCAUACUGAAGAACUGUCCCCAGUUCAAACCCAACCACGCAGAGCUGGUUCUUGCUGACCCCAGUCCUGUGCUGAUCUAUCAGAUCUCCUCCAAUGAAACUCGAGUUCUGGUGGACAUCAGAGGAGAGAUGCCCCGAGACCUGAUGGAGUACAUGACUGAAAAAAUCUACCCACAACUGCCAGAGCACAUAAAAGAGCCCUUCAUGUUGGCACUGCAGAACGAUCGCUUGCGAACGAUGCCUGCGAGCUUCCUGCCACCCUCACCGGUCAAUAAACCAGGAGUUCUGCUCUUGGGGGACGCGUACAACAUGCGACAUCCGUUGACGGGUGGGGGAAUGAGCGUUGUGCUGAAUGACGUUCGCAUCUGGAGGGAACUUCUCAAAAACAUCUCAGACCUAUAUGACAACAGCGUCGUGCUCAAGGCAAAGAAGAAAUUCCACUGGGAGAGGAAAUCAUCUCACUCGUUCGUAGUGAACGUCUUGGCUCAGGCUCUGUACGAGCUGUUCGCUGCAACUGACAAUUCACUGCAGCAGUUGAGAAAAGCCUGUUUCCGUUAUUUCAAGCUCGGUGGAGAAUGUGUCAAUGGGCCGAUUGGUCUCCUAUCAGUAUUGACGCCAAAACCCUUGACUCUCAUUGGUCACUUCUUCGCCGUGGCCCUGUAUGCCAUAUACUUCAACUUCAGCUCUGAAUCCUGGCUCAUGAAACCACGAGCUUUGGUCAACAGUGUAGCCGUUCUGUACAGAGCUUGCACUGUCAUGUUUCCCCUCAUUUACUCUGAACUAAAGUACCUGAAGGAAUGAACUCUUUGUAAAUUGUAUUUUUUUCUUGAUUGUAAAAAAGUUCGAAUUUCUUCUACCAUUGGAUCCAGAACAUCUGCGAUGUGACGGAUGCAUCUGAGCGCCUUAUUUUUUUUCUAAAAAAGAGAAAGAAAUCAAGAAAACCAGCAGCCCAACAGCCUCAGAUUAAUUGUUUGUCUGCCAUUGUUGGCUACAGUAGUAAUAGGGUUUUUGAUGUUAUUACCAAGAGGCCAUGCCUUAUAUUCUCAUUCACUUUACAUGAUGAGAUAUGCUGUAUUUUAUUAUCAAAAAUACAUUUGUUUUUAUUCAAUCAGUCAACUAUCAAACCACUAAGCUGUUUGAACUGUAACAUUUUGUAGAUAGCCUAUUUUACGAUCAGUGUGGCCGUAUCUCUAAAGCACUUAUUUUUGUUCUAUAAAGCCAUUUUCUUUAUCAAAAUUGUGUACAAUUAUAUUGUCUUAAAUUUGCAUAUGUGGCCUUUCAUUGUUAUAUUUGUCUUUAACUGUCGCUUCAAACUGAUCAUUUUGAUAUGAUGUUUUUCGUGGCAAAUGAUGGGCAGAUCAAUUAUUACCCUUAAGUGCAAUUUAUCUUCUUUUUCUUUAAUAUGUGAAGCCUAUUGAGUGAAAUCAUGGACUAUUUCCUGACAAGAGCUUUAAGGAACUAUUUAGCUUGUGUGGUUAAUUCAUAUAAUAACGUCAACCAUGAGCUACUGU